AUGCAGCAGGCCGCCAAGGAGAUGGAGAGCCUCGACUACGACAUGUUUGAGAGCGUCGUCAACAAGUCGGGCUUUGGCUACAAGUACCGCGACGGCCGCGAGAAGAGCCGAUCGAUUGUCGUGCGUUGGGUCCUCACGCUCGUCGCGGGGCUCAUCACGGCCUUGACCGGCAUCGUCCUCCUCCUCUGCACGCAGACGCUCGCGCACGUCAAGCGCGACCUCAUCGACCACUACAUCACGGCUGGGCCACCGACGCUCGUCUUUGGCGUCGUGCUAGGGUUCAACAUGGCCCUUGUCCUUCUCGCGACGGCGCUUACGAUCUUUGGCGAGCCCGUGGCCGCGGGCUCAGGUAUAUCGGAGAUCAAGUCGAUGCUCAACGGCGUCAAGAUUCCACGCAUGUUGCGCUUUCGCACGCUGUGCUGCAAGCUUCUCGGGACCAUCUGCGCCGUCUCGGGCGGGCUGCCCGUCGGCAAGGAAGGGCCGAUGAUCCAUAGUGGCGCGAUCAUUGCGGCAGGUAUCUCCCAGGGCAAGUCGUCGACGUGGGGCUACGAUACCAGUUUUACCUAUUUUGCGGGCUUUCGGAACGACCGCGAGAAGCGCGAUUUUCUCUCAUGCGGCGCAGCGGCCGGCGUCGCCGCGGCCUUUGGUGCGCCCAUUGGUGGCGUUCUCUUCGUCCUGGAAGAAGGCGCCUCGUUUUGGAACCAAACGCUCACGUGGCGCACGCUCUUUUGCGCCAUGGUGUCGACGUUUACGCUCGCGUUUUUCAUUUCGGGUAUGGGCAACGAGGCCGGCCACUCGUGGGGCACGCUCGGGUCGCAGUCGGGCACGUUUACCUUUGGCCCGUUCACGCUCUCGACGUACCAGGUGUGGGAGAUCCCGAUCUUCAUCUUGAUGGGCGCAGGCGGUGGCGUCCAAGGCGCCUUCUUCAACGCGCUCAACACGCGCAUGGCCCGGUUUCGCGCCCGCUGGAUCCAAACCAAAUGCGUGUGGCUGCUCGAAGCGAUGGUGAUCUCGGGCGCCAUCUCUUGCAUGUGUUUUUGGAUCAGCUUCACCUUUGGGACGUGCCACGUAUCGCCCAAGACCCCGGUGGCACCGCUCGACUCGUCCUGGUGGAAGAACACGCUCUUGCCGUGGCACCACAUCACCGACGACGACGAGUACCCGUAUACGCACGACCUUGUCCGGUUUUACUGCCCGCCCGAGUACUACAACGACUUGGCCAGUCUCCUCUUGGCGCCGGGCGAGACAGCGAUCCGCCACCUCUUUCAUGCGCCCCCCGAAACGUUUGACGUCAACAACCUCGUGCUCUUCUGGGGCCUCUCGCUGCUUGCGUCGUGCUGGACGUAUGGCCUCAAGGUCCCCAGCGGUCUCUUCAUCCCCGCGCUCUUGACGGGCGCGGCGUACGGCCGCCUCUGGACGCGCAUCAUCAACGCGAUCACGGCUGCCUUGCAUGCCAAGACCAUCGACCCGCGCGUGUAUGGGCUCAUUGGCAGCGCUGCUAUGCUCGGCGGCGUCACACGCAUGACGAUCUCGCUCACAGUCAUCCUCCUCGAGUGCACAGGCAACAUCGAGUACGGUCUCCCGCUCAUCGUGACGCUCUUCUCGGCGCGGUGGGUCGGCAACUACUUCAACCACGGCAUCUACGACAUCCACAUUCACUUGCGGCACAUUCCGUUUCUGGAUUGGGACCCGCCGUUGCAGGGAUCGCACCUCCGCGUCAAGCAUGUCAUGACACGGCAUCCCAAGUGCCUUCGCACGGUCGAGCGCGCCGGAGCGAUCUACGACCUCUUGUGCCAUACCACGCACAAUGGCUUCCCCGUCGUCGUCGAGGACCCGACGUUCGGCGCCAAGUUCUUUGCCGGCGUCAUCUUGCGCAAGCAGCUCGACGUGCUCUUGUUACGACGCGACUUUUCUUUUGCCAAGCCGACGCCGUUCUCACGCCACCCGCCGAAAACAGCUUCAUCCGCUUCAACCGACGCCGACUGCUUGAGCUACAAGGACAUGGAGGCCAACUACCCGCAUUACCCGCACCCGGCACCAGUCGAUGCGCCCAACGGCCCCUCGUACACGCUGCUUGACGCGCACCGGGACGCGUGGGUCGACCUCACGCCGUACAUGAACCAGACGCCGUUCGUUGUCCAAGAAGAGGCACCGUUCACGCGUGCGUACCGUCUCUUUCGCAGCUCCGGGUUGCGCCACCUUAUUGUCGUCAACCGCCACAACAACGUCCGGGGCAUCAUCACCCGCCGCGAGCUCGAGGAAGAGCACUGCGCGCGCUGCUGGCGACUCUGCCGCCGGCUCAAGGGCCUCGACGACGACGAGGCCGAGCCCGAGACCGACUCGUACAACUACUCGACGCGGUCGCCCUCGACAUUCGUGUGGCGCCCGCCCCGCAUUCUGCGGCGGCACGUCGACCGCGCCGACCAGGUCAAGCGCGUGCUCUCGUCGCUGCACAAGCCGCUCUUGAGCGACGACACGCCUGGCGAUGGCAUCCUAGAGGACGAGAUCGAGGACGAGAUCGAAGACGACGAAGACGACGCGCACGUCUAA